AUGAGACCUCCAAGAGGCGGUGGCCGAAGUGGUGGUUUCAGAGGCGGUCGUGAUGGAGGAUUUAGGGGAGGCCGUGACGGUGGCUUUCGUAGUAGAGGUGGUGGUCGUUUCGGCGGUGGUGGACGUGGCUUUCGUGAUGAAGGACCUCCCUCCGAAGUUGUAGAGGUCUCAACCUUUAUCCAUGCCUGUGAAGGCGAUGCUGUCACAAAGCUUACAAAUGAGAAAAUUCCAUACUUUAAUGCUCCCAUUUAUCUUCAAAACAUGACUCAGAUUGGUAAAGUUGACGAAAUAUUCGGACCUAUCAACGAAUCUUACUUUUCAAUCAAAAUGAUGGAAGGGAUAGUUGCUACUUCUUACUCUGCUGGUGAUAAGUUUUAUAUUGACCCAAGUAAACUCUUGCCUCUUGCAAGAUUUCUACCUCAACCUAAGGGACAAGCAUCAGGUGGAAGAGGUGGAGGAGGUCGUGGUUUUGGUAGAGGUGGAAGAGGUGGGGGAGGUCGUAGUUCUUUCCGGGGAAGGGGUCCUCCAAGGGGAAGAGGUCCUCCUAGAGGACGUGGUGCUCCUUUCCGUGGAAGGGGGGGUAGAUUCUAA